CUAGCGGAUGUCUUUACCUACGUCACUUCCGCCGUGAGUUGUUAACCCGGAUAUAGAAGGUUCGCAGCCCGGAAGUAGCGGUGAAGCCGGGCAGUGCAUGUCGGAUCUUCACUGCUGAAAUCAUGACAUCUCUGGGAGCCAGCAGUCAGUCCGGCAGUGGUCAGUCUGUCACAGAGUAUGUGGUCCGUGUCCCCCGGAAUCCAAGCAAGCGAUAUAACCUCAUGGGAUUUAAUGCUGCAGACAAAGUGGAUUUCUCCUCAUGGAAUCAGGCUCGCAUGGAACGUGACCUGAGUGCCAAGAAGAUGUUUCAGGAUGAAGAUCUUCCAGAGUCUGGAGCAGGGAGUGAAUUUAACCGGAAGCAGAGGGAAGAGGCUCGAAGGAAGAAGUAUGGUAUCAUUCUGAAGGAGUUCAAGAAUGAGGACCAACCGUGGACUCUGCGAGUGAAUGGCAAAGCAGGGCGAAAGUUCAGAGGAGUGAAGAAGGGUGGAGUGACCGAGAAUGCCUCUUACUUCAUCUUUACUCAGUGUCCUGACGGAGCCUUUGAAGCAUUUCCUGUUUCCAACUGGUACAACUUCACACCAGUGGCCAAGCAUCGAACUCUCACUGCUGAGGAGGCCGAGCAAGAAUGGGAGAGACGUAAUAAGAUCCUUAAUCACUUCACCAUUAUGCAACAACGUCGUCUGAAAGACCAAGGAGGAGACGACGAUGAAGAAGAGGGUGCAGGCAAGCAGGAAAAGGGAGGAAAGAACAAGAAAAAGAAGAAAAAGAAUGACCUCAAAAUCCAUGACCUAGAGGAUGACCUGGAUCUGAGCUCUAGCGAGAGUGAGGAGAGUGGUGAAGAUGGUGAACGCCGGCCAAAGCCACAGAAAAAGUCUUCUGCCCAAACAAAGAAAAAGAAGAAGAAACAUUCAGAUACUGAGGCUCUAGAGGACAGCGAUGAUGGCGACUUUGAGGGCCAAGAAGUGGACUAUAUGUCUGAUGACGAGAGCAGCUCGGAUGAGCAACUUCCUGGGAAACCCACACCUGCCAAGGAGGAGGAUUUGCCUAAAGGGAUAGAUGAGGGGAGUGAGUCCAGUGAGGAAAGCGAGGAGGAGAAGGUUGAGGAAGAGGAGGAAGAAGAGAAGAAAGCAGCAACCCCUCAAGAAAAGAAGAAAAAGAGAGACAGCAGUGACGAGUCGGACACAUCCGAAGACAGUGAUAUAGAGGGAGAAGCAUCGUCUGCACUUUUCAUGCAGAAAAAGAAGACCCCUCCAAAAAAAGAUCGUAAGGGAGGCUCCAACAACAGCUCCCGUGGCAACAGUCGACCUGGGACUCCAUCUCCUGACUCGGGAAACACAUCAAACACGUUAAGAGCAGCAGCCAACAAACUGGAACAGGGUAAACGAGGGGCUGUCUCUCACUCUCCAGCAGCUAAACGGCUGAAGAUGGAUCCAGGUCCCCAAAACACAUCUGGGAAAUCCACUCCACAACCUCAGUCUGGAAAAUCCACUCCGAGCAGCGGUGAUAUCCAGCUGACAGAAGAGGCUGUGCGUCGCUACCUGACCCGCAAGCCCAUGACAACAAAAGACCUCUUGAAGAAGUUUCAGACCAAGAAGACUGGCUUGAGCAGCGAGCAGACUGUGAAUGUCCUUGCACAGAUCCUGAAGAGACUGAACCCAGACCGCAAGAUUGUGCACGAGAAGAUGCACUUUUACCUCAAAGAGUGAUCUACCUAUCAGCUUUCUACACCACCACACAUAUAACACACUAGCUGCUCCUUGCACUGCCAUAGUUAUUGUGUCACAUGAAACACGUGUGGUACCUUGGUAGGAGACUUAGGUCUGCUUGGGUGUAACAAAGCAGCACUUGGCAGUGAUGAACCUGGACUGUUGCGCACAGUGGCAAAAAAAAGCAGGGGUCAAACCGUGCUCCAGUAGUGAAAUGUGUGUUAAGUAGGGGGGGUGCGUGUGUUGGCGGUUUGGGGGGAGAGUGUCGCUGAGUGAUUGAAUGUGUGCACCAGGCAGUGGGGAUGAAUGUCCGGUCUGUGUGAUUUUGUAGGGGUGACUUGCAGUGAAGAGAGGGGGUCUAUCCGUACGAGCUGCUGUAUUACAGGUGUGUGUGGCGGGUAGUUUGACUGGUAUCAGUAGCUGUACUGAGAACUUGGAGUGGUUGGCAGUGCCAAUGUGACAUGGAUGAAACAUAGUGGCUGUGUUUUGUUUUGUUUUUUUAUUUCAAUUUGUACUGUUUCAUACAGACUGUAAUAAAUAUAUAUGUAUAU